GUGCCUUGGGAAGCCAGUGGCCUGGACAAGGGCUCUGAGAGGUGCUGGCUGUUGCCUCUACUCCUCCCCCUUGCCCAGGGCACUACCCAUCUGGCACCAACCCCACUGACCACCACACCUGGCCAUGCCUGGGGAGGCCCGAGAAGGUAAGGUCUUUCCCUCCCAGAUGCCAUCCUGCCCAUCAUGGUGAGCCCAGGCACUGGGACCAUUCCACCCAGCCACUUCACUGAGGUCAGUUUGCACCCCGUUGAGUCCAUCAGUGACCUACACAAUGGAGGGUCCCUGCACCCCUACCUGACCGAUGACCCAGCUUCACAGCAGUGGGAAGAGCUGAUGGGCAUACUGCCUCCAUCACUUUGCGUCCAGGCUGGCUGCAACCCGGCCCAUGGGCGCGGGGCCUUCUUGUUACUGCUGGCACUGCUCAUCCUUACCUGCCUUGCCCUGGCCAUCCUGGCUGUCUACCUGAGCGUGCUACAGAGCGAGUCCCUGCGGGUGCUGGCCCACACACUCCGGGUCCAGGAGGAGACGCUGCUGAAGCUCCGGCUGGCCAGCCUCAACCAGUGGCGACGGCUCAAUGCCAGCGAAGCUCGAGGACUCAGCUGAGGACAGACCUCACCUCCGCACUCUCCCCUACGACAAGGACUCCGGCCAGGGACCCUCUGCCUGUGCUCAAGAAGACAAGGGCAGGCCACCCCUCCCUACCUCCCUCCUUCACUCUGGCCCCAACGCAAGCUCCCCACUUAUGUUUCUUUCCACAUGACAUUUUUAUAUCAAUAAAGGGCACACAGUGCAAAGCCCGUCCUCACAUGCCUACAACCAGACCCCAUAGCCCAGGGCCAUCAAACCAACCCAGGCAGGACAGUAAUGCCCGUGUCAGACAGAAAUAACAUUUCUCUAGGAGCCUCAAGUCGCCUCACAACACCCAGUGACACAAACUAUGCACAUGACCGUCCUUUUUCAAAUGGGGAAACUGGGGCACGGAAUGGCUUGUCCUUUAUUUCUCACUGAGUUGUGUCAUCAUGGUCUCCCGACUCCCAAGUCCAAGGCUUCUGCCACCACACCAGGCAAUCAAGCCCCUGCCCCUGUCUAGAGGAGGAAAAGAAGCUGGGGGUCAGGGGUCACUGGCCCUGGGUCAAAGUUCCCAUCUGAGAGCCAGUGAUAGGGAUAGCAUGUUUCUGAAGUCAAUGAAGCAUCUUAAAAGGGAUACUGGAGUAAGCCCUCCCUGCCCCCACUUGCAGCCUUCCUGGUCCCUCCCCUUCUCCUGUCAACACCUCCUGGCUGGCCCAGGCCACCACUCCCACAGUCUGCAUCCCACAGAUAGCAGGAGCUCAAGUCUCUGUCUGAGGCCAUCCCAAAAUAGCUGCUCUGCCCACCCCUCCAUGGACCAACCAAGUGUUCCAAGCUUCCCCCACAGAGGCUUGGCCUCAGAGGGAGACUAUCCCGGGGAGAGGAGGAGACAUCCAGCCCCUCCACCAGCUCCACUCCCCCAAGUUGCUGAGGGCUCCUGGACAGGACCUCUCAUGUCAGGUCAGCCUGUUCUGCUAGAGCAGGCGGCCUGGGAACUGACAUGGGUAGAGACCAAGAAAGCACCCUGAGGAAGGAAGGAAGGAAAGCCUCAUAUGUUCACUAGGGUAGGGGAACCCCAUAAAAAUAUAGGAAAGGUUUCUGGAGGGGAAAGUACCCCUACCCCCACCCCCAAGCCAAAGCCUGGCCUGGCCUAGCCUGUUCCACGUCAUUCUGAGAAGGUCACCCUGAAAGCAUUCCUCUGCUGUGCAGCCAGGGGCUCUGUGUUAGAGAAAGCAACAAUCUGCUCUGUGACCUUCUCCUUUUCACUAGAAGUCAGGAAUGGAGGCUGAGGAGCCUGGCCCAUGGUCACCUCCCAAGAUCAUCCCCCUGCAUGGGGGCAGAAGCAAAGAACCACCUCUGGCUCUUUCCUCCUCCCCAGGUGGUGCCAGAGGGUUAGCUGGAGGUAUGUGCACAACUGAGGCAGCAGACUGAAGCCAAGGCAUGGUCUCAUUUAAUUCUCUAAUAUUAAUCUUUUUAUAAAAUCAACACAUACAAAUAUUCCAGAAAGCCCCCUUCCCUGCUUCCCUCCCCACUCCAGCAUAGCUAAAGUGUGGGAGGGUGGAGACUAUAUGGAGUAUGUGUCAAGAACUGGAGGAGGAGCCGCUCCAGGUUAUGGACCCCCUGCACCCACAUCCUCCAGCUUAUUCUAGGAAGAGGGAGUAGUUGGGUCACUGCAGCGGUGAAGAGCAGCUGGCAGAGAGGGAGAGAGGAUUCCCCAGCCAUUCACUCCUCAGCCUGGCGGUUUUCAGAAUUCUCUCCUUCCUUGGCAUCAUUGUGACAUCUAUACCUCACCCCCUGAGGACAGUCAGGCACAGAAGGUAAUUAAUCUUUCCAUGGCCCAAAUCAAACCCUGGCCCAGCAGGAGAGAUGGGCAUCGGGGAGGCAGGAGGCAAAGGUACUGAAGGAAAGGGGAGCUGAGGGCAGGGGGUUGAGGGGAGACCAGGGCAGCCCUCCCACCCUGACACUUUUAUUUGGUUUUGUCAUUAAAAAAAUAAAGCAAAGGCCCCCAGAGAGCCAGGCCACA